AUGGGAGCGUCAAUCGCGGAGCUUCCGGCGGAUCAGCUAGCUCCAGAAGAGGGCUCACAAUCGGAAGCGCCACUUGAGAAUACGCGCAAAAGGCGUCGAGCGAAGAAAGCUGCUUGCUCCGCGACUUCGGUGGCGAGGGUUGCCGAUCAGACCGACGCUUCUGGUCAGAUAUUAUCAGAGGCCGCCAACAUCUCUUCUGACCGGACACCUUCCGCCCCUCUCGCUGCCUCUCCCGCCGCUAGUCUACCGCCACUAUCGGCUCAGGGCCGCAUCUUAAGGUCAAGCAUUAACCCCGUGCCCUCUUCUUCCCGCACGGGUCGAUCAGCCUCUUCCCAUUCGGCCACGACUCGUCGGAGACACGUCAUAACCACACUCCACCUUCCUACUGAGGAUCUUUCAGCACUGGGCAGCUCAGCCGAUCAGACUGAACAUCGGAUUAUCAUUAGAGGCCAUUUGGUCGAGAUAUGGGAAGAUGCGCGCGCCCGGGCGGCGGCCGCUCCUCCGAGUUUUUGGGUGGAUGGUCUGGCUAUGAGCCAGAGGCUUGCCUUUGUGGAGGAUGAGUUGAAACGGCUGAAGGAAACCCCCGGCCAGUUGGGUGCCACUCAUGGUCUAAACGAUACUCAGGUGGCUCAGCUGCAGGCCGACUUGGCCAAGAGUGAAGAGCUGUUAGCCGCCGAGCGGGGUAAAAGUGCCGAGCAGGUCGGGCAUAUUGACCGAAUCAAGAGAGAGAUCUCCACCUUCGAGGGCAAAAUCACUCUGGCCACCAACCGUAAGCAAAGGGCUAUUAAGGAUCUGGAGAAGAAGAAUGUGGAAGCCCGGGCUCUCGAGCAGAAGUUAAAGCAGACAGAAGACAAGUUGAAAAAUGUUGAAGGUCUGCUGAUGUCCGAGCGGCAAGCUCGCGAGUCUGAAGAGACCACUUUAAGAAGUCAGCUAUCCGACAAGGACGCUGAUCUUGCCGUGGUGAAGGCAGAUCUAGAGAGCAUCCAGUCGGCUUUGGAGGCCUAUAAGGAAAGCGAGCCUAGCCGAUUUGAAGAGAUGAAGGUGGCUUACAUCCGGUCUGACACCUUUGUGGAUAAGUUCGUUGCCCGAGUUCUCCGACUCUUCGGCUGCACCGUGGACAACAUUUUCGAUCAACUCAAGAAAAAGGGGCAUCUGCCUGCCAAUCUGCCCGGCUCCACGAUUGAUCGCGACCAGCUUAAUGACUCUAUCCCCGACGAUACCCUGGCUUAUUUAGAGUAA